UAUCUUAGCAACCCACCUUACCCAGAGAGUAAUCAAACAACCGAAUAAAUUCGGCUGCUAUUUUUUUUUUUGCUGCAUCUGCUUCAGCAGUUAUUUAGCUACAAAUCGUAGUUCAUGUGGAAUUAUUCACAGACUUCGUGUUAAACGUGUAUUUUCAGUUUGAAAGCAGCGGAGGUUGUAUGUUCGCGUCAGCUCGCAGAGGAAAAUGUACGUAAUUUCACAUCGUAUUUAUGUUGAAAGAACCCUGGCGAUCAUCAAACCUGAUGUAGUUCUUAAGUCCGAGGAGAUCGAGAAAGUCAUCCUGAAGGCAGGUUUUUUGAUCUUGCAGAAGCGCAAGCUGCUGCUGAGUCCUGAGCAGUGCAGUGAGUUUUACGCACACCAGUACGGGACGUUCUUCUUUCCCAGCCUGACGGCCUUCAUGAGCUCCGGCCCCAUUGUUGUCAUGACGCUGGCUCGGCACAACGCCAUCGCUCACUGGAAGUCCAUGAUAGGCCCUGACAACAUCACCGUAGCCAAAGAAACAGAUCCAGAAUGCCUUCGAGCAAAAUACGGAACUUCUGACCUAAAGAACGGUCUUCAUGGCAGCGACACGUUUUUUGCAGCAGUGAGGGAGAUUAGAUUUAUGUUUCCCAACACUGUAAUUGAACCCUUUCCGUCUAAAGAACAAACCGAGGAGUACUUGAGCACGGACGUAAUCCCCGUUCUCUUUCGCGGACUCACUGAGCUCUGUAAGGAAAAGCCUCUCCAUCCCUGUAUUUGGCUUGCUGACUGGCUACUGAAUAAUGAUCCAAGCCAGCCUCAAAUAAAUGCGGAAAACAGUCUGGAAGGUGAAAAGUGACAGCCAGGGAGCAUGAUUGCUAUUUUACCUGCUGUUUGUUUUUGGCAAGUUCAUGUGUUCGGUUUCAUAUAUAUAUAAAUAUAUGGAUACUUGGUAGCAGUAAAGAGCUGUGUUGAUUUUCUCUUAGAGCUCAAAAAGAAUUCUUCAAGCCUGUUGAUAUUAGUCAUUUAAAUUACGCAGUGUGUUUACACUAAACAUCGAAAACAAUAUUGUGAAAUUAAAUAGAUUAAACACUGUAACAUAUUUUCAACUGACAUGGUUUUGCAAUAACUCUUUUGCAAUCUUUUACAAAGCCUUAAAAUUACAAUACAUUUAAUUGACUAAUCUCACUAAAACAAAAAAAAAAAGAUUUUAGUCAAAACUCUAUGAUUAAAACUAAUUAAUAUGUUCUGUCAAAAUCAGCACUGAUCCAGACAUGGCAGUUUGUAUUAGAGAAGGGACCGCCAAUCCAAAUAGACUUUCUUUUUUUUUCUUUUUCUUUUUUUGCUGAAAUGCCUUACGAUGACUUGUAGUGAACUGAUGUCAUAGAAGUAAACUAUGUUGUAUUUAGAAGGAAAACUAACCACCCUGAAACAUAAUGGUCUCACAAUUAUGCCAGUUAACGUUAGCAUGGUCUAGUCAAAUUCCUUAUCUAAAUCUCACUGACAAUCAGAAGAAAGACUUAAAAAUUGGUUAAUAUAUGCUCUCCAUGUAAUCUGACAGAGCUUUAUCUAUUACGCAAAAAAUGGUCAAAGUCUUCAGUCUCAAUGUUCCCGUGACACUUUGAAAAUAAAUUAUAAUUUUUCUACUGCUUCACAAGUUUGCACUGUUUGUCUUGGUCUGUCAAAAUAAAAUCUCAAUAAAAUUAA